CACCCCGUCCCCUCCCCCACCACCUCCCCUGUCGCCGUCGCCGCCGCCCGCCCGCCCGCGCGCGCCCAUAUAAGUCGAGCGCCCCCUCGCCCCCCGGCCACGUCGUCGCGAGAGAGCCCGAGUCCCCCAGCGCAAGCGGCGCCCGCGGCGACUACAUCGCCUAUUCGCGAGCAGCGACUCGAUUCGAGCUGGUUGUACGGCCGGUGCCGGUUGCGGGGGAUGGGCAACUGCCAGGCGGCGGAGGCGGCGGCCGUGGUGAUCCAGCACCCCGGCGGCAAGGUGGAGCGGCUGCACGGGCAGGCCACGGCGGGCGAGGUGAUGCGCGGCAACCCCGGGCACUACGUCGCGCUCGUGGUCCUCCGCGUCUCCGGCGUCGGCGGCGCCAAGGCCGAUCCCGCCACCGGCGGCGGGGGAGCAGCCAGGAUCACCAAGGUGAAGCUCCUCAAGCCCGAGGACGCGCUGCUGCUGGGCCAGGUCUACCGCCUCGUCACCUCGCAAGAGGUGGCCAAGGCGAUCCAGGCCCGGCGGCAGGACAAGGCGCGGCGGUGCGGGGAGGCGCCCGACGACCCGCGGCCCUCACCGGCGCCGGUGCCCGCCGCGGGCGGGCGCGCGCGGGGGCAGUCCGCCGCCGCCGACCAGGAACGGAAGCGGGCGGAGAAGGCGGCGGACCGGCAGCACCGCGGCGGCGGCGGCGUGAGGGGGCGGCACUGGCGGCCGUCGCUGCAGAGCAUCUCCGAGUCGGCGAGCUGACGCCGCGCACCGAGGCUGCUCCCCGGCCGCGGCGGGCGACUCCGAGUGGCAGCAGUAGUAUAGAAGAUGUUAGAAUUGUAGAUGCGAUGUACAUUGGGCGGGCGACAGACAGAGAGGAGCGGCGAGAGCGACGGCAGCAGGAGCUGCGUGCUCCCCGUGCACCUGUCUUCGGAUCACAGCGAUGGAAGAACGAACAGUGGAGGAACGGUAGCCUUGGAAAAUUUCCCCUCCCGAAUCUCCCAGAAAUCGACCUUUUUUUUUUGAAAAACUGAAAUCGACCUCUCAGCCGUGAGGUUUUGUGCGUUUCAAAUGGUACCGUGUCCUGUAGGGAUGGAAAUGGGACGGUAAUAGUAGAACAGAUUCUGAGAUAUUCGAAUU